GUGGUGUGGAGCUUCAGCAGCCUGGAAGAGGACGACCAGGGAGAGAGACUUGACACAUUCAAGCAACGUGCCCUCCUUUGUACACAAGCAUGUCAUGUGCGGGGCUGUGGAAGUUCUUCAGAAGCAGCCCUUUGAUGCCAUUCAUCGUGAUUACCACCCCGCACCAUCGCUUUAAGCACGGACUUCUUAGGGACAUGAAACACCCUCAGCUGGAACAUGAUCUGUGCAGCCUGCAGAAAGAAAGAAUGGUGCGGCAGAAGAAGACCCAGCUGCUUGAAAAUGGGGACGGAUCCAAGGAUUUGGACAGUUCAGCCGGCCGACGGGGCAGCUUGAGCCGGAAGCAUGGGCGAUGGAAGAGUUGGCCAGACAGUCCCGGCGUCCUGGUGGCUAAGGUGGUGCGAGCUGUCACAGUGAAGCACAAACCUGGGCGCAGGAUGCCUGUCUAUUUGGACUCCUCGAGUCAGAGGAACCUGACGGAGCUCCGUGGGGAUGCCCAGCUGGCACUGUUCCAGCACGGGGACACCGGCAGUGUGGAAGGGGCGCCCCAGCCCACGGAGAACAACUUCAUGCCCAAGUGUGAGAUCACAGGCAAGGACGCGCUGUCUGCCUUAGCCAGGGCCAACAGCAAGCAGUGCCAGCAGGAGCUUGCCAAUGUGGUGUGCUUGCACCAAGCCGGGAACCUCAUGCCGCGCGCCGUGCCUCGGCAGUGCCAGCUCUCAGGGAAAGUCAGCCUUGUGAUCCAGUGGGAUGACAGCAGAAUUCUCCAGGCCUCUGUGAGCAAGCCGGUGCGGAUUGCCUUUAUGCUGGUUGUGCACGGACGAGCCAUCCGCCAGCUGAAGCGACUCAUCAAGGCCGUGUAUCACCAGCAGCACUUCUUCUACAUCCACGUGGACAAGCGCUCCACGUACCUGCACCGCGAGGUGGUUGAGCUGGCCCAGCACUAUCCCAACAUCCGGGUGACGCCCUGGCGCAUGGUCACCAUCUGGGGUGGGGCCAGCUUGCUGAAGAUGUACCUGCGCAGCAUGAAGGACCUGCUGGAGGUGGAAGACUGGAACUGGGACUACUUCAUCAACCUGAGUGCCACAGACUACCCCACCAGGACCAAUGAGGAGCUGGUGAUGUUUCUGUCAAAGUACCGGGAUAAGAACUUCCUGAAGUCUCAUGGCCGAGAUAAUGCCAGGUUCAUCAAGAAGCAGGGCCUAGACAGACUCUUCCACGAAUGUGACUCUCACAUGUGGCGACUGGGCGAGCGGCAGAUCCCGGAAGGCAUCGUGGUGGACGGCGGCUCAGAUUGGUUUGCCCUCACUCGCAGGUUUGUGGAGUAUGUGGUCUACACCAGUGACCAACUGGUCUCCCAGCUGCGGCAGUUCUACACAUACACUCUUCUCCCGGCCGAGUCUUUUUUCCACACUGUGCUGGAGAACAGCCAUGCCUGUGAGACCCUGGUAGACAACAACCUCCGGGUGACAAACUGGAACCGCAAGCUGGGCUGCAAGUGCCAGUACAAGCACAUCGUGGACUGGUGCGGCUGCUCGCCGAAUGACUUCAAGCCCCAGGACUUCCUGCGACUGCAGCAACUGUCCAGGCCCACCUUCUUUGCCCGCAAGUUUGAAUCGACGAUCAAUCAGGAGGUCUUGGAGAUCUUGGAUUCUCAUCUCUAUGGUAACUACCCAGCUAACACACCAGCUCUCAAGGCCUAUUGGGAGAGUGUCUAUGACCGCGUGGAUGGGCUGAGCGGGCUCAGCGAUGUCACCCUGACUGUAUACACAUCCUUCUCCAGGCUGGGGCUGCAGAAAGUCUCAUCAAUGCAGGAACGGAAGGAAGAAAAGCUUUGCAGAUUUGAGCCCCAGGGCUUCCCGUCCAGUGUGCACCUGUAUUUCUACGACGACCAUUUCCAAGGCUACUUGGUGACCCAGGAAGUACAGAACUUUGCAACGCGGCAGGUGGAGUCUCUGGAGAUGUGGAUGAUGCCUCGAGGGACUCUCAAAAUUGCCAGUCACGGCAGACAAAGUAACCGCUUACAGAAUCUUGAGGUAGGUACUGAAUGGGACCCCAAGGAGAGGAUCUUUCGCAACUUUGGUGGCUUGAUCGGGCCUUUUGAUGAACCAGUUGCCAUGCAGAAAUGGGCCCGGGGGCCCAACCUCACAGCCACUGUGGUCUGGAUUGACCCCACCUACGUCAUCGCUACAUCCUAUGACAUCACAGUGGAUGCUGAGGCAGAGUUCACGCAGUACAAGCCGCCCCUCAACCGGCCUCUCCGCCCAGGUGUGUGGACUGUCCGCCUCCUCCAAUUGUGGGAGCCCUUGGGAGAGAGUCAGUUCCUGGUGGUCCCACAGACCUUCAACCACAAGCAACCCCUCAGGAAAGAGGAUGGCAAGUGGCUGCACGCCGGACCGCCCCGCAAUGAAUACAUGGACCAGAAUUUCCAGGGCCUGGCUGGGAUCCUGAGCCUCCCCCGCCUGGACGGCACCGGGCGGGCCUCCCAUCAGCACACGCAGCUCGUGGGCCACGCACUGGAGAACUGGACGGACAGCAGUGUCGGCAGCUUCUGGUCGGUGGCCGGCCUCUGCGUGGCAAGCCCCUCCAGCUGCUCCUCCCUGGAGCUCUGUAGCAAAACCUCCUGGAGUUCCCUGUCCCCCGACCCCAAAUCAGAACUGGGGGCCAUCAAGCCCAACGGACGGCUGAGGUAGCAGGGGUGGCCGGCAGCGCAUUGUUGGGAUCAAAGGAUGGCACGUGUGGGGCAGGCAGGCGCCCCCCGCCCCACUUCUCCGCAGGGCAAACUCUGGGCAGCAGCAUCCUGUGGAAAGACACCUCCUGCAUGUGGGCGGACAGGAGGACCUUUUCAGCGGAGCCGAAGCGCCCCCGCCUGUCAGAGGCACAAGGCGGUGGCCCCGCCCACUGUGCUCAGGAUUGGCUGGAGAGGGUGUGGGUGGGAGGGGCUGCUCCCCUGCAGAUGGAAGUGCUGGCGGCCCCCGGGCUCCGACCCACCCGCGGCACCGUGCCCCUCCAUUGCGGACGACGCUCUGCAAGAUCAGAACUUUUUGUUCCCAAAUGGUUGCUGGCAGAGGAUUCUGGGAAACGGCGGGGUGGGUGGGUGGGGAAUUCAGGAAGCCCGGCUGUUACGUGCCAGGUCCGUGCCUGCUGAGCGGCAGGUGCUGACUGGAUGGACCCGUCUCCCACCCCUCUUCCUUCAUUUUAGUUACUUUUUUUACAAAUGUCUAUACAUAUGUACAUAUAUAUUAAAAAAACAAAGUGCAAUAGAGACUGUGGUCAUCCUCCCUCCCUGCCCCAUUCCAUCUCAGUGUUUCCAUUUUCGGCUUCCAUUGUAAGAUAAGCUUGUGCUCCCAGUGAAUCAGAGGCGAAAAGGGAGUGGAAUCCGUGGUUCCUUCCUAGCAGGGCAGCGGGGUGCCUCUUGCUACUGACGUCUGACAGAUGAUUUCUCUCUCCCUGUUGCAACACAGAGCUGCCUUCCCACCCCUGCUUUAGUCAGAAGCAAAGAAGGGACCAGACCUCUGGCAGCCGUGUCCUCUUCAACGGAGCUACCAAUCAUGCCAAGCCUAUGUGCCGCUCACACACCUCACCAUCCACCUUGUCUGUUCUCCUCCCCUCCCAGCCUAACGUCUGGCUGUGUUUGUGAAUUGGUGGCAUAUUGCAGAGCUCGGUAAAUGGUCGUACCUGUCCCAUCCAGGUAGCAUGGACAUCUGAAGUAAAGCAUUAGAUCCCCUCCUUUGCUUUCAGGUGAAUUCUCUUCGCGUUGGAUGGCUGGGCAACUCUCUCUUUGCACCGGCCACUGCUGUUGUCACAGUGAGUGCUCCUUUCCUCCCAACUGUUAGAUGUAUUUCAUCCCUCUUCAUUUGUAGCUCUGACUUGUGUGUCUAGACAGCCUCAUUUGUGACCCUGUGAACACACAGACACCUACCUACCUUCAGAGGAAAGCGUAGCCCUCUGCAGCUGUAUGCCUCCCUGCCAGAAACAAGUGUUCCCAUCCACAGAGAGUGACCCUGUUCUGUACCAAACGUUGUUCUAUGUCUAGUCAUAUUUCCUAUCCAGAACUGAUCUUUAAAGUGCAUCCUUGCAGGCUGAUGACUGAAUCACCCCCAGUUGAACUGGGGACUGCAGUGUCUGAGGCUCAUUGUCUUUUCCCUAAUGAUUGUUACAGAAGUGUUGAAAUCGUCUCCUUCUGGAGUAACCUUUUUCAUUUCUUUAGAAAAUAAAAAUGUGUGCCAUAUCAGAUGCCAGGCAGAACACAUAAAUCAGUGGUGGACAUCCUGGUGCCUUCCAGAGGUUACUUGCAUCAACCCCAGCCAGCAUGGCCAGGAAUCAGGGAUGAUGGAAGUGGUAGUCCAACAAAACUGGAGGGCCAUGAUUCCCCACCCCUGACAUUUGUGAUUUGACAUGGGGAGGAGUUGUUACUGUCCCUGAAAAUAUUUUUUAGGAGGUGGCUAUUUCUCCCCCAGUUGAAACGGACCUGAGGUUUGGGCUGCUGGCAACAGACUCAGCGAGACUUUAAGAAUCUUUUGAUCUCAGGGUUUGGUCCAAGCCUUUCCAGCGAGAGGGCUUCCUUGCAUGUCUUCAGAACUGGUUGUUGGUUUGUGUUUUUUCUGGGUCAGAAACCGUGGAUUACAUACAAAAGGUCUCUGGUUUUCAAAUCAGUAGUUUGGUGCUGGUGCUAAAAAAACUCCAAGGCAGUGAAUCGGAAGAUCUUUGUGGCUAGGGGUUUCCAGGCCUAGAGCACAUUGAUUAGGGCUGUUUCCCCCACCCAGGGCCCAACCCACCCUGUCUCCAGCUGUAGGAUGGGGCUGGGGGGAUAGCACAUUAGCCCGGAAGAGGGACUCAUUAGUGGGGGUUCUAUAUUCUGAGCCAAGAGAGAGAAUGAGGCAGAUUUCUCUGAACUGAAACCUGUUCCAAAGAAUGCGUGCUGAAAGCUUUUGUGUCAGAAGCAUUAUGUAAAAUUGUCUUAAAUAUGCAACACAAAUAUAUCUAUAUCUCUAUUGUG